CACAGCAGAAAGAUAAACACGACAGCUCUUCUAAUUACAGGUAGUGGAAGCAAAACAUCUUUGUGUGACGGACGCGAAAAACAACAUUUGGAUCGAUUCCCAGUGUCUCGUUGCGUGUAUCAAAAGUGUAUUUAUAAAUAGUAAAUCAAAUCAAGCUAUGCCGAAAGCUAACAAUACAUUUUGGCCAUAAUACCACGUCGCAGUUUUUUGUUUUGUUUACAUCGUGGUUAUCAUAACAUUAUCAAUACAGGUGCUACGCACCUAGUAGACGAAAACAGAUCAAAGAAGUAGAGAGCCGGAACGAGUGGCAAUACGACAGAUACAACGAAUAAAGGCUCUUAAUAAAUCUAAUCAUUACCAAUACAGUUUUGUUUCCCGAUUGGUCUGUGAAUGGUGUUUAUCAAUUGUGCUGAAACGAAAAAUACAGCAGAACGAAGACAGAUUUCUUGCAAUUGAGAGUGAAUGACCUAAACCCACAUCUGAUCUAGUCUGAUACAAAAUGCUUGAAGAUGGAGAUCCUAAAGAUGACGAGCAAGUGCAGAAACAUAAAGAGAUGCAGAAUUUGAUACAAGGCAGUCACUUCAAUGGCACUAUACAAUAUUCCGAUAGCUUUUUGGCCAAUAACUACAGAAAGAUGCAGAUGCAGCUGAACAGCCGAUAUAUCUCACAGAUCUGCUGCCCACGACGAGCCCGGGGACCAUUGCCGCACGUCCGAAUGCGACCGUAUUAUAUACCUCAAAGAUCCCGAACAAAAAGCGAAAAUUCAGAUCCGUCAAGUUUGUUAUAUCUAGAAACAAUUAGAUCCGUCGACGUCGCACAGAGUGACCUACCCACCACCUUAAUGGAAACUUGUGACCCUUCUACCUCACACAUGGACACUUCCGGAAAUGUUCCGAUUGUCAGAUCCGGAGCGUGCGCCACAUUAGUGAAAUCCAAAUCUCUCGAGAAUCUGGUGCGAGCAAUCAAAACAAUAGAUGGAUCGCAACCGUCACACGAGAUGGAGUUCAUGUCUAGUCGUAUACAGAAUCUGAAAGUGCAAGAAUAAAUUACCGUUUUAGUCAAACUGCUCGUUGGCAGUACAUAGCAAAUAGUGGCAACAUAAGCAUGGUUUAGAGGACUUUUGUUGCUUGAAGUUCUAGUGAUUUGUUUGAUAAUUAGCAAAUGAUCAAAUUUAUUCACAUUUGCGGUGCAUCAAGAUGAAGAUCAUCUGAUUUGUGGUGCAACAAGAUAAAUGUGGCAAUGCGAACAUGUUUUACUCUCACAUGUUUGUGCAAACCUGAAGAAUAUAGUUGUUCGCAUAAUUGAGAAGUCAUUUGGAGGCCGAACAUUAAUUGCGUAAGAUUUUAAGGGGGAAGAGUGGAGUGUUAUUUUUGGUUUGGUUAUUUGGUUGAAACCCCCGGACAAAUCCCCAGUGUUGGUAAAAUCCCAAAUUAUUAAAUCUCAUGGGCGAUUCCAAUCAAACGAGUAUCAAAUCACUCAAAUCCCAUCAGAUUCGUGGCCCAGAAAAUCGUGAUUUGCACCAUUGUAUGGUUUUUACAUACGCAUCAAUUGCGUUUUGACGGUUUUUAGAGCAAAAUCAUUUUUCGACGAGUGAACAAAGGCGAUGCGAUUCUGUCCGAGAAACUCAAGCGUUAACUCGUACAUGCAGCCUCGAUGAUUGAGACUUGAGUAUGAUUCUACCAGCACUGCACGUCCUUUGCGCAAUCAGUGUUUCGCCUCUAAAGAUUAUGGUCCUAAUUGGACCUGGUUUGAAUGCGGUUUACGCAAUGUAUUUUAUUUAUUCGGAAUAAAUGUAAUAUAAACGCAAGUCUAAUAAAUUGACUUUGAGAAUUCCCUAAUUUAGUUUACAUUUUUUAUUUUUUGAUGCAGCUUGACUAAAUCCACACAGCUUGCAGCAACUUGAUUGUGACUGAGUCCGGUCACACAUGAGUUGCUGUAACCUUGUGGAAUAUUUGUGCUGCUAGGGUUCUCCCCACAUGAUGGAGGUAUAACUAUAGUUUAUUUUAUUUCGAGAACUGGAUGUUUUAUCUAUAGACCGGGUCAAUCAUCUGAUUUUCGAAA